AUGAAGAAGAAGCAAAGAUUUGGUUUUCUGCUCUGGGUGUGUGUCUGCUGUGUUGGUCUGACGUUCUGCUGGCACGACCUGGACAACAGUGAGUACGACUGCUGGCCUCUAGAGAAACCCAACGAGUACAACAUGAUGGACUGUGGAGGUCUAGAGAUGUCCUGGGUGGUCCGUCCUCCAGAGACGGUGAAGAGCGGUGAGUAUUUCAGCGUCACGUACUCGGUGACGGCGUCGGACUCGUUCUACGUCUGGGCCGUGGAGAACCAUGUCUUCACACACAGCUCCAUAUCAAACGCUGAAGCAGCUCGGAGGUUUUGUGAACAUCUGGACUGUCCGUCCAACUGGAGAGACGCAGACGGAGACAACUGCUGCAUCCAUCACGCCAACAUCCACUCCUGUCCUCUGGGUCACAUGACGGAGAGCAUCUGUGGUCCCUGGAUACCUGACGACGGGAAGAUCUUCACCCACACCAUCUCCACCUCCGGCAGGAUGACCAAGACCAACUGGACCGCCAAGGUGGUUCUGUUCCACUCCGGCUUGACCUCGCUCAUUGCUCACAUACGAGUCGGUCGCAUGCAGGUCGCCCUCGAGGCCAAGAGCACCGUGCAGCCGGCUGUAGUGUGUGGCGAUGGCGUCUGUGAGGAGGCGGAGCUUUGUUCCAACUGUCCAGCUGACUGCGGUGAAUGCCCGAUGACCCCGACCACCAAGCUGGCCAUCGGCCUGCCGCUCAGCCUGCUCUGCCUCUGCUUCGUACUGACGGCUGUGUGGAUGAGGUACCAGAAACGGAAGCUGUUGUGGGACGAGAGCUGGAUCAUCGACUUCAGCAAGAUCAAACAAGACCAGGAAUCCCGUAUGACGAUGGGCAGCAUGAUGAGUGUACCGGUGGGGAACAGCGACAGUAACACCAGCUGUGUGACGGCGCUGAGCUGCUAUACGGGACAACCAGGGACCAGGAGAACCCCGUUCACCUGCACCGGGAUCUAUGAUGGCAGGACGGUGGCCAUCAAGAGGAUUCAAACAAAGACGUUCUAUUUGUCCAAAACCAUCAGACAGGAAGUCAAACAAGUCAGGGAGCUCGAUCACCCAAACCUCUGUAAGUUCAUCGGCGGUUGUGUUGAGGCGCCGAACGUUGCCAUAGUGACGGAGUACUGCCCCAAAGGAAGCCUUAACGACGUCCUCCUUAACGAGGAGAUCCCGCUCAACUGGGGCUUCAGGUUUUCGUUCGCCACGGACAUCGCCAGAGGGAUGUCGUACCUUCACCAGCACCGGAUCUGUCACGGACGACUCAAGUCUCUGAACUGUGUGCUGGACGACCGCUGGGUCUGCAAGAUUACAGAUUACGGGAUGAGGACGUAUCGUAGGGACGACGGCGCCGAGCCUCUCUCCACCUAUCAGCAGAGAGUCCUGGAGGUUUACAUGCCGCCAGAGUUUCAGAACUCCAACAUGGAGCCGAUGCUGGCUGGUGAUGUGUUCAGUUAUUCCAUCAUUCUGCUGGAGAUCGCCACUCGCAGCGACCCCGUCCCAGUGGAGGAGUCCAGUCUGGAGAGUUCCUGGUGUCCUCCUCUACCUGAGCUGAUCUCCAGUAAAGCAGACAGCACCUGUCCGUGUCCUGCUGACUACGUGGAGUUGAUCCGGCGAUGUCGCUCACCAAACCCGGUCCACCGACCAACGUUUGAACAAAUCAAGAAGUUUGUUCACCGAAUCAACCCGAUCAAAGUCAGCCCGGUGGACAUGAUGAUGAACCUGAUGGAGAAGUACAGUAAACACCUGGAGGUACUGGUGGCCGAGCGGACGCAGGAUCUAACACACGAGAAACAGAAGACUGACAGGCUGCUUUACAGUAUGCUUCCUAAACAGGUAGCUGAUGACCUGCGGCAGGGCAAACCGAUGCAGGCUCAGAGCUACGUCAGCGCCACCAUCUUCUUCAGUGAUAUUGUGGGCUUCACUCAGCUGUCCAGCAGCAGCACUCCUUACCAGGUCGUGGACUUCCUCAACAAGCUCUACACCACGUUUGACGACAUCAUCGACAACUACGACGUCUACAAGGUGGAGACCAUCGGAGACGCCUACAUGGUGGUCUCCGGUGUUCCCCAGGAGAACGGGAUCCUCCACGCCGCAGAGAUCGCCAGCAUGGCUCUGGACCUGGUGGGCGUCUGUCGCACCUUCAGGAUCCCCCACAAACCCAACACUCAGCUGCAGAUACGAGCCGGGAUUCAUUCUGGUCCGGUGGUGGCCGGGGUUGUGGGGACGAAGAUGCCUCGUUACUGUUUGUUUGGAGAUACAGUGAACACAUCGUCCAGGAUGGAGUCCACCAGUCUGGCCCUGAAGAUUCAGUGCAGCUCCACUACGUUCUACCUGCUGGAGGAGAUCGGCGGCUACCUGCUGGAGUGCAGAGGAAUGAUGCAGGUCAAGGGUAAAGGAGACAUGGUGACCUACUGGCUGGAGGGGAAGAAGACGUCUCUGGUCUCCAAGGACGUCGGCGCCGACGCCAAGGCGACCAAACGCGUCAUCAUGGAGACGGAGGCGGAGAAAGAAGAGCGGGAGCUGUACGCGUCCAUGCCGGGGUUCCUGAACCACGACGGUCUGCUGGACGCCGCAUGA